UAUGGGUUGAUUAUCAAGUGAAAUGGUUAUUAUUAUCGGCAUUAAGUCCAGAAUACAGACAAACCAAGAUUGCACCAGUAAUCAAUAUUAAAAGAUGAAGUCAUUUUUAAUUGUGAUAGCUCUUCUCGUCUCAACUGCUUACGUUGGAUGUUCAUCAAACAGCGAGCUCUUGGACAAAUUGGAUGACAUGUUGGUCGAAGCUUCCCAAAAGAACAACAAAGCCGCAGCCGAUGCCGUUUCAGAAGCCAUUGACACCGUUGGCUUGGCCCUUUCCCAAAUGUCAGGCAAAGAUGAAGCAACCAAAAACAUGUUACAAAGUCACAUUGAUGUUGUCCGAUCAGACUUGAACAAACUUGAAAAGAUGGUUAACCAACAGAUUAAAUCGCGUGCCUUCUCAGUUGGUGGUGCUUUCAAUUUCGUCGCAUCCAGAGCAUCUUUGCUCACCGAAAAGGUUCAAUCCAUGUUCAACGCCGUCCAAAAAUCAGACCUUGGUGCUUUAAUCGCCCUUAUCAAGCCAUUCCUUGACAAUGCCAUGAACGAUCCCCAACUUAAAUCAAUGGUUGGCAAUCUUGAGACUGUUACCUCAGCUCUUGAACAAUUGGACAAAAUGACUGGUGGUAUGUUUGAACCAUUGACUCAUGUAAAAGACAUCUUGGCCAACAUCGAUUCAACCGGUAAACUGUUCGAAUCAAUGGGUUCAGCCAAAUCCUCUGAUGAAAUUGCUGAUGCUUUAAUCAACACCUUGGCCAAUGCUAAGAGCAGCCAUGCCAACAAAAUUGAAAAGGCAUUGGACUAUGUUUGCAAUGGUUUAGCAGAUGUUGAAAAAUCAGCCUAAACAAUCAAAAGUAUACAUUGUAUACAUUAAAAAGCAAACAUUUGCAUUAAAAAUUUUAAAUUGAAAAU